GCUCUCGUUCUCUCCUUCUCUCUCCACCCUCUCCUCCCCCUUCGCGGAAACGACAGCUGCGGCGGCGGGGCUGGCGCCGCCUCCCUCCACCUACCACGUCUGCCCCCGCCGCUCUCGCCUGGCGCCCUAGCCUGGCCGCGGCGCCUCCGCCCCUCAACUAGGUCAGCCGGCGGCCCCGCCCGGCUGCCGCCCAGAAUGAACAUCAUGGACUUUAACGUGAAGAAACUGGCAGCCGACGCGGGCACCUUCCUCAGUCGUGCCGUCCAGAUGCCAGGAUAGAAGAAUUUGUUUAUGAGAAACUGGAUAGAAAAGCCCCAAGUCGUAUAAACAACCCAGAACUUCUGGGACAAUAUAUGAUUGAUGCAGGGACUGAGUUUGGCCCAGGAACAGCUUACGGUAAUGCCCUUAUUAAGUGUGGAGAAACACAAAAACGGAUUGGAACAGCAGACAGAGAACUAAUUCAAACAUCAGCCUUAAAUUUUCUCACUCCUUUAAGAAACUUUAUAGAAGGAGAUUACAAAACAAUUGCUAAAGAAAGAAAACUAUUACAAAAUAAGAGAUUGGAUUUGGAUGCUGCAAAAACCAGGCUGAAAAAGGCAAAAACUGCAGACACUAGAGCUUCAUCUGAACAGGAAUUAAGAAUAACUCAAAGUGAAUUUGAUCGCCAAGCAGAGAUUACCAGACUUCUGUUAGAGGGAAUCAGCAGUACACAUGCCCAUCACCUCCGCUGUCUGAAUGACUUUGUAGAAGCCCAGAUGACUUAUUAUGCACAAUGUUACCAGUACAUGGUAGAUCUCCAAAAACAACUGGGAAGUUUUCCAUCUAAUUAUCUUUGUAACAACAAUCAAUCAUCAGUACAACCUUUACCACCCGCUUCGUCAAAUGUGAUUGUACCUUCUGUGAUGGCUUCAACAAGUGGUUUAGGAAUCAGCUCUCCCUCCAACCUCAGUGACCUUAAAGAGUGUACUGGCAACAGGAAGGCCAGGGUUCUCUAUGAUUAUGAUGCUGCAAACAGUAGUGAAUUAUCACUUCUAGCAGAUGAGGUGAUUACUGUGUUCAGUGUCAUUGGAAUGGAUUCAGACUGGCUAAUGGGAGAAAGGGGGAAUCAGAAGGGCAGAGUGCCAAUUACAUACUUAGAGCUUCUCAAUUAAAUAGGUGGACUUUGGAAAGGUUAUCCAUCAGGACACCAUAUUUAUAUACAAUUAACUCAAUAAAAGCAGGUUUAUGGAUCUUCCAGGUUAAUGUCUUAAAGAGGAGACUAACAAGAAAAUACCAGCCUCAGAAGCCAGCCUCUCUGCCAUUAAAGUUGCAU